AUGUCGACUCUCGAACAUUCUGAACUGUAUGUGAAGCUUCAAGAUAUUUUGAACAAAAAUAGCAAGACAGACAAGGAUAAAAAUGAUGGUUCGAUAUUUACUUCAUUAUAUCAUCAAUUUUUAGAUGAAGAUGCACAUAUUGAUUGGAAUUCUUGGAGACAUAUUCCACCUGAAGUUCAAUGUAAUUUGAGUGAUAUUCCAGUUUUCGAUACAAGCAGGUUGGUUUAAGUGAAGGGUAUUUUGUUUUUCUUAAAAGUUAGGUUUCCCACUGAAAUUUUUUUGUUGAAAUUCAUUUCAGAAGAGAUGUUCUUGACAAAGUUGUGGUUAUAAAAUUAAAUGGAGGUCUUGGAACUACAAUGGGAUGUAACGAAGCAAAAUCAUUCAUUGUUCUUCGAGACAAUUUGUCUUUCCUUGAUUUCAGUAUUGAACAACACAAGGUAUGAUUUUAACUUUUUCUCUAAUUCAAUUCUUCAAAGAAAUUAAAUUUUUCAGCAUCUGAACACUAAACACAACGCAAAUAUUCCAAUGUAUUUGAUGAAUUCUUUCUACACUGAGAAUAUGACGAUUGAAAAAUUGAAAGCAAAAAAUAUUGAUGAUGUGUUGACAUUUGAGCAAUCAAAGUGUCCAAGAAUUUUGAAGGAUACACUUUUGCCUGUUGAAAAUGCAGAGUGGGGAGAUGAUGCGUGAGUUUUUAGGUACAGGGAUGCAAAUAUAGAAUUUUCAGUUGUACCUGUAGAAAAAUUGAACCGUACUCAAACCCUUUUUUGAUUCUGAAUUUGAAAAAAUUCAACAAUUUUCAAACAAUGGAUUUUUGCCUUUAUUUUUGAAAAUUAUCAUCAAAGGUAUAAAAUGGUCUUCAAAUUUUCCGAAUAAAACACAUUACAACUAGAAAAAUACUGAUUGUGACUAUUUAUCGUAACUCAUUUUUUCCAGAUGGUAUCCUCCAGGACAUGGCAAUAUUUACGAUUCCCUUGUAAAUACCGGAACUCUGGAUCGCUUAUUAGCCCAAGGUACAAAACAAAUACAAACAAAAAAAUGAUCUAUGAAUUUUUAUUCAGGAAAAGAAGUUAUUUUUGUGUCAAAUAUUGAUAACACUGGUGCUACACUCGACUUAUCAAUUGCUCAAUUUAUGCUUGAUCAUGAUUUGGAUUAUGUGAUGGAAUGUACUGAAAAAACACAAAAUGAUAUCAAAGGUGGAACUCUGAUUGAGAUAAAUAAACAAUUGAUGCAUUUGGAAAUGCCGCAAGUUCCGAAAGAUCAUCUUGAUGAUUUUUGUUCAACAAAAGUUUUUAAGUGAGUCUCAUUGAUUUCUUCUGAACUUUCAAAAUCCUAAUCUGAUUCAGAAUUUUCAACACAAACAAUAUUUGGGUGAACUUGAAAGCUAUCAAACGACAAAUGCCUGGAAUCAAAAGUGAAAUUAUUGUAAAUCAUAAAACAGUGAGAGAAGAAAAUGUGAUACAAUUGGAAACUUCGAUUGGUGGGAGUAUCAAAAAUUUCAAAAAAGCUUAUUGUGAGUAAAAAAAAGGUUUAUAUUUUGACUAGAAAAAUUUCCAGGUAUGCAUGUUCCACGCAAUCGUUUUCGACCGGUUAAAAGAGUUGAAGAUUUGGUCAUUAUGUCAUCUAAUCUAUUUUCUUUGACAGAUGAUUUUACAUUGGAGUUGAAUGCGUUGGAAGUUCCAGCUAUUGAUUUGGGAAGCUUUUACUCAAAGGUUAGUGAAAAACCCAAAGCUUUUUGAAAACGAAAAAUUUGAAGCUCCAAAACAGAGUUCACAGAAGUUUUUGAUAGUUUUUGAUUCCAAAUUCGUUUUCAGCUUGACCGAAUUAGUAUAUCUCAAUUUAAUUUUUUUUCAUUUAAGUACCUGACCUCAUUUUCGUCUCUUGUUAGCAAUAUUUUUUCUUAUCCCUCAAUGAAAGUCUAAAAUUAAAUAAAUCCUACCAUUUAGAAUCGAGGAUAUUUCUAUAAUUCCUAAAUCCUGGACGCGCAAGAUUAACUUAUGUAAACCAGGGAUUUUUGUAGCUUUGGCAGCACUCUCAACAUUUUUAAGCUUCCCCAUGCCAUCAUAAAUUUCAUGUUUUCAGAUUCAACUCAAGGAUGAAAGAAUGUCCCAUGUUCCUUUAUUGAAAAAUGCAAAAAGUUUCAAAGUAAUUGGCGAUGUUGCUUUUGGAGAAAAUGUUGAAAUCCGUGGAGAUGUUAUUAUUCAAAAUAACGGGCCGAAUCAAGUAAAAAUCGCAGAUGGAACCAUAUUUGAAAAUGAAACAAAAAUCUUUUGA